UCAUGCGCCUGUGCGGGAUUUAUCUUUUCGCGGCUAUAGUACUGGAGAAUGAUAUACGGUGUAAUAUCUAGAGCUGAGCUACGGGGGGUACUGGAAGAGCUGUAGAGCCAGAUCGAUGUUGUGAUAUUGCACUUUCCUUUGUUUAAGAUGUAUUGGACAAUUUUAAUUGUCAAUUUUAGUUGACUGCAGUAUGCGAAUUCAAUUGAUGGACAGUGAACCGCGCGAAAAGAGCGCCAUGGGAAGGACCGGUCAUCAAAACGCAACAUCGCGAUUAAAAUGCCAUAAUUAUGUAAUCGUUUCUAGCUUAUUAUCGGCCUGCUCCAUUUAUUCAUUUUCUCGCAACGUAACGACACAUUCUCUAAGUGCGGCAACUGAUAUUCCUUUGAAUUUUUAUGCGCGCGCACAUUCGACUGCCGGUGAUAACGCGCACACCAACAGCAUUCUCCCAUCGGCGUAUAUAAUCACACGGAGUUAGGGUGAUAUAUAUUGCUGAGGUGCAGUAUAGCAUAUGGCAGUGAGACUUCGUCAGUCGUUGGCGGUCAGCUGUUUCAUUAUCGGGCGCGGCCGAUAUCAUCAGCUAGUAUUGCACAAAAUUCGCAUUAUUCCGAGCUGGAAAAUGACAAACGAUGCACAACAGUCCAAAAAUCACAGUAGUCAUGCCUACAAAGUUGAUAUUGGAGGCAUGCGAAUCAAAUACAAAGAUAAAAGUGACUGCUUUACGGAGGAUCACUUAGUCAGCAAAGAGCCAUUCAAUCAAUUUAAACACUGGUUCGAAAUUGCAUGCAAAACUCCUGGAGUGGGAGAAGCCAAUGCUGUUUUUCUGGGGACUGCCACCAAAGAUGGCAUACCGUCGGUGAGGCCAGUACUACUCAAGAGUUUUGGCACAGAUGGAUUCAAAUUUUACACAAACUAUGGAAGUCGAAAGGCUAAAGAGUUAGAAGAAAAUCCCAAUGCUGCCAUGACAUUUUUCUGGGAGCCUCUCAGACGUACUGUUAGAAUAGAAGGAACUAUAGAAAAGACAUCAGCUGAGGAUUCAGACAACUACUUCUACAGUCGUCCUUAUCACAGUCAGAUGGGAUCUGUAACUAGUAGACAGAGUACAGUGAUACCAAGCAGAGAUUAUCUAAUAGAGAAAGAAAAGGAAUUGCAAAAGCAAUAUCCUGAUAAAGUACCAAGACCUGAUUGGUGGGGAGGAUAUAUUCUUAUCCCAAAAUCUGUUGAAUUUUGGCAAGGGCAAAGUGAUCGGCUACAUGAUAGAAUCAAAUUCAGGCGACUGCAGCCAGGUGAAAAACCAGACAAUGUUUUAGUUCAUGAGGGGGAAGAUGGCUGGGUUUAUGAAAGACUUUCACCAUAAAGUUAAAAAAAAGGUCUAGUUUUAUAAACUAGCUUUCAUGUACAAAUUUUUUCUAUUUACAUACUUACUUAUACUUUUGAUUGUUAUAAAUUUGAUCCCUUUUCUAAACAGUAUUUCUUUCUAGUUUUAACACCUCUCUUUGCAAUCCUGUAAAGAAAAAUUAGAAAUUGUUAAAUUUUAAACUUGACAAUAAAUAAUCUUACAUUGACAAUAAUAUCAGAAUUACCUUCAUCACUUUUCCAUACUACUUUUACAUCAAAGAUACCAUCUUUUAAAAUAAGUUCUUCAAACUGUCGCAUUCCACCACCAACUCCAAAAUAAUAAGUUUUUCCAGCGAUAAAGCUAUUUUUAAUAUAGAUUGUUAAGAGAAGAUUAAAUCAAUGUAUCAUACACAAUUUCUAGUAAACAUUGAAUCUUUUUUAUACGUACCCAAUUCCAUUUAUACUGAGCUUUUGCUUAAAAACCUCAUACAGCUUAUGAUGAUUAUCUGGAUUGUAAAUAGUCUCACUGGUAAAAAUAAAGUCAUAUUUCAAAUCAUCA